AUGUUGCUCCCAACUUUGCUACUGUUUAUCAACAUUCUUCAAGCUCAAUCCGAGUUAUGCCAGAGAGGAUGGCAAUUUAUCACACAGACCUCGUACUGUGUUAUGAUCAGCAGUCAGCUUUUCUCACCCGACGAUGCGAGCAGCUAUUGCCGGUCCCAAGGAUCGGAUCUUGCCACACUUCUAUUACAAACGGAAUUUUCAGCGCUUACAAAUAUGACAAGUAAUCAACGACUUCCACCAUGGGUCGCCGCAUCACGAACUUCCAGUGGGAAUUGGAAAUGGAACACUGGUGUCUCUGUAUCCAGUACCUAUUGGGCGACUAAUGAACCGUCCAUUUACGGUGAUUGUGCCACGCUGCGCUCGAAUGGAAUGUCCGCUUGUCCGUGCUACAACCAGCAGCCGGCAAUGUGCAAGCUGAAACCGCCACUAUGUAAUGGCGGAAAAUUUGGUGGAGCAAAUAUCCGCUUCGGUACUUUCAACAGUCCCGGUUAUCCAGAUCAAUACUACAAUGGUUUGGAUUGUUACUAUCAGAUUGAAGGUCCAGCUAGCACCUAUAUUACCAUAGAUUUCGAUCCAUACCUUGUGGAAGACUACUUUGAUUACGUGGAAAUCUAUGAAGGAAACACAACGGGGACAAAGAUUGGAGAGCUGUCUUCUUCUGCCGAAACUAAAACCACCUUUGAAAGCACCACAAACCAAAUGUUGGUUUAUUUCCACACCGACGGUAUGAUCACUAACAAAGGAUGGUCUGCGCAAUGGAAUGCAAAAAACAGCGCUCUAGCUGUAAAUCAGACUGGUACAACCGGAGCAAUGUCGUCACCAAAUUAUCCCAGUAACUACGAUACCUUCUUGGAGCAAAUGUACUACAUCACUUCUCCAAGCAAUACAUCGAUAAACAUAAAAUUCGAUGCCUUCUCCACCGAGGAGGAAUACGACUACCUGGAAAUCUAUGAUGGUGGGGUCAUCAGUGCUCCACUAAUAGCUAACCUUUCCGGGCAUAGUGUAACCGGCACAAGCCUUAACAGCAGUGGAAAUCAAAUAACGAUGCGUUUUAUCACCGACGGCGCUGCUCAGUUCUCCGGAUGGCACAUGUUGUGGAAUGCAUUUUGA